AUGGUGUGUGAACAGUACACUACAACCUCAGAGGGCACCCACAUAGACAGGCCAGAGAACCAGCAUGUCUACAAAAUUGGCAUUUAUGGCUGGAGAAAGCGUUGCCUCUACUUAUUUGUUCUUCUUUUACUCAUCAUCCUCCUUGUGAAUUUUGCUCUUACAAUUUGGAUUCUUAAAGUGAUGUGGUUUUCCCCAACAGGAAUGGGUCACUUGCGUGUGAUGAAAGAUGGACUUCGCCUGGAAGGGGAAUCAGAAUUUUUAUUCCCAUUGUAUGUCAAAGAAAUACACUCCAGAGUGGACUCAUCUCUGCUUCUGCAGUCAACUCAGAACGUGACUGUAAACGCACGCAACUCUGAAGAAGAGGUCACAGGCAGAUUAAAAGUGGGUCCCAAAAUGGUAGAGGUCCAGAGUCAACAGUUUCAGAUCAACACCAAGGAUGGCAAGCCGCUGUUUACUGUUGAUGAAAAGGAAGUUGUGGUUGGUACAGAUAAACUUCGAGUUACUGGGCCUGAAGGGGCUCUUUUUGAACAUUCAGUGGAGACGCCCCUUGUAAGCGCCGACCCAUUUCAAGACCUGAGAUUAGAAUCCCCCACACGGAGUCUAAGCAUGGACGCCCCAAAGGGCGUUCAUGUUAAAGCUCAUGCUGGGACAAUCGAGGCCCUUUCUCAAAUGGAUAUCAUUUUUCAUAGUAGUGAUGGAACGCUGGCGCUUGAUGCUGAAACUGUGUGUUUACCCAAGUUGGUUCAGGGGACUGGGGGUCCCGCUGGCAGCUCACAAAGACUCUACGAAAUUUGUGUGUGUCCAGACGGGAAGCUUUACCUGUCUGUGGCUAGCACGGGUACCACGUGCCAUGAAAACAGCCACGUCUGUCUCUAAGCCACCUGCACCUCCCACGGAGCACCUGCCUCAUUUCCGUGAGCUUUAAAUGCUGACCUCAAGCCUUCACACUUAGAGCAAUUGGACAUCCUGUAAAACUGAGACAGCAGAUGGGAAGCAGAAAGACACACGUUAAAAAGGAACUCAGAAAGAAAAAUGUACCAGUGAAAGUGUUCAAAUGAAACUAUGUGAUCUCAAAAUGGCAUGUGGAUAUUAGACACAACAGUCAAAGAAAUAUCAAAAGAAUGUGAUUAUUCCACUGGAUUAACUUCCACCAGACCAUUGUGACUUUCCUUUUCCUUUCUUGUACAUGUCAAUCUACAAUGAACUAUUGAAUUGCUGUGUGGAAUUAAUUUAUGAUGCUCAACUGUGGAUAUCUAACUCCCCAUAAAAAUGGCAGUGGUCAAUCGUAAAAUGCCCAAAGGUCUA